CCCUAGUUCUAUGGCUCUGUAUGGAGAGUUGCCUCGCCGCAUAACGAUACGAUAAUGUACAGAAAUUUGAACAUGGUUGUGAUCAUUACCUAGACCACUCCCAGAAAGCUACUUAGCCCCCAGUAGAGGUUGUGGUACAAGGCGGAACGAGCGAUAAGAAAGCGCCGACCUGUUGAAUAAGGUGGCGGGCAGGGAGACGGCAUGAUUGUGUGAUUGGGUAGAAUCUGAUUGUCUAGCCUAGAGCACCAUGCCACUCUCACGUUCCUCGUAGGUAGGGCCUCGCUGCAGAUGACAGCGCGUCGGCUGGAGCAACCAUAGCAAUCUUCGCAGGCUGCACCAACCUCGACCGAUUAAACUCCAAGUUGAAUAGGUAUAGCCACUUUAUCUCGCUAUGUUUUAACGGCGUAAUUGCAUUUCCCCCGUGCCUAUUCUAAGUGAUACAUGUUGGAAAGGGCGCAUAAGGCCCCACCAUCACCUGCUUCACAUGUAACUUGGUGUGCGACUGUGAAGGACACACACACAAAUUACCAAGAGAACCAUCAUCUCUUCUUCGCCCUUCUUAACUUCGCCGCUCUCCAUCGCGCUGAAGGCCUUUGUAUGAGCUCCAGACUAUGCUCAACAUGGCUCACGAAAGCCAAGAUGGCUUGGAAUGGGAACACACAUUGUUUAACAUCAUACCACACUGGACACGAGAACCUUCAAUCUCAGCCAUCGAAAAGGUGUCUCGCCAAGAGCUGGAGAUACCGCCCGAGGACCCUUGCCAUGUCUCCUUCUACGCAUCGGGCGCGUUCAAUAAACUUUAUCGGGUUGACUACGCUGGUCAGUCCUCGCUCAUGAGGGUCACUCUACCUGUUUAUCCUCACCAUAAGACACAUGGCGAGGUGACCACCCUGCGAUGGUUGGGAGAUAACACUUCCGUGCCCGUCCCAAAAGUCCUUGCCUUUGAUGACUCCAGAGACAACGAGAUCGGGUUCGAGUGGAUUUUGAUGGAGCUCAUGCCUGGUUUGUCGGCCUACCAGAGAUGGCGGAUGAUGACGAUGGAGCAGAAACAGCUCAUGGUGAAACGGAUGGCCGAAAUUCAAGCGGAACUUUUCUACUACGGCAAACUAUACCUCGCAUUUAAGGACAUAGGGACUCUUCAUACACACACAGCAGAGGAAGUGGCCGACAUGCCGACAGCAGUUACUCCCGGUACCAUUGUCGCACAUGAAUUUUUCAUAGGGGAUCGCGUUAAAUACGAUGUUCCGCGAGGCCCUUUCCAUUCUAGCCACGACUGGCUUGAGUCACUGCUGAAAGUUGUUAUUCUUGAGCAAAAAGCAGCGUUUGAGAAGGCAGAAGAUGAUGAAGAUAGGGAAGGUGCUGAGGAGGUUAUAGCCACGGCUCGCCGCUUGCUAUCUAUCUUCCCCAGGAUCUUCCCCGAGGCCCAGGAGAUAGCCGCACAGCCGACUGUUCUCUGGCAUGACGAUUUGAACUUGCGCAACAUCUUAGUAGACGAGAAGGGAGACAUCACAGCCAUUGUGGACUGGGAAUGCGUUACAACAGUCCCCGUUUGGAUGACUGCCAAUAUGCCCAAAUUCCUUCAAGGGACAAGUCGCUCAGAAGAACCAACACGCAACUGGUACGCCGACGAGACACCCUCAGAGCUUGCAGCUUCGGUAAACGGCGAUGAUCCACUUCAGCUCGACAAUGAAGGCAAAUGCUCGUCCUACUGGAGGCAUAGAAUGGAGUACGAGGUGACACAGUUGCGUGAAGUAUACAAGAAGCGCUUGACGGAACUCUGGCCCGAAUGGCCUUCACAGAAUGACACUGUCAAGGCCAACUUUUAUGAGGUUGUCAUACAAUGCAGCGAUGGGUUAUUCACGAGGAUGAUCAAUAAGUGGAUUGACCGUUUCGAGAGCGGGAAGAUGAUUGGAUGGGAUGAGCUGUUGGAGGAAGUACAGCAGCCAGUUAUUUAUGGCCAGGAGUCUUCAGAGCCUCAGCCCGACAGUGCCUUGGACGCGAAUUAGGUUCCGUAGCUCAACUACAGGACUGCUUUCCAAAAG